UUGCUCCAAGUCUUAUCAGCAUCUCGUCCUGGCCAAACAAAAUGAGAACACCGCCCGGUGCCCGCCAGAAAACCGGCUAAGGAAAGUCCGUCUAGUAUAGCUCCUCGCUGCAAAGCUCAAUGGCCUUGCAUCUGGCUUGCGGCAUGGGGUGCUGCUUCUCUCGGUUGGACGGCCGGCGCCGAAGGCUACUCGUCAUGGGGAGACGCCAGCGUCAGGGGCAGCUACUGUCCGGAACUACAUCGAGUGGGAUGGUGGCCAAGGGACAGGAACACAGAAUAAUAUGGACUCGACAAGGGCAAGCUUCUCGCAGAUGUGGCAUGAGCAGGGAAUCCAGUUAAUGGUAAUCAUCAGCUUAAUGCUACAGCUCAUCCUGCUAUUCACUGGUAACCACCGGUGGCGCAGAAUCAGGUGGCGCAAAAUCAGUGGGUUCAUGAGGUUCAUAGUGUGGCUGGUUUACGUGGGGGCGGACGCUAUUGCCGUCUUCACCAUUGGCCUCUUCUCCCAAUACGAGGAAAAAUACAAACUGAGAAGCCACGACUCUUCUGCGCACGAUCGCAUGCUGCCUUUCCUCUGGGCACCCUUUCUCCUUCUUCAUCUGGGCGGCCAGGACACCAUCACUGCGUUUUCCAUUGAGGACAACAACCUAUGGCUGAGGCACUUGUUGAACCUCCUGAUCCAGGUCUCUCUGGCCAUGUAUGUCUUCUGGAAGUCGUUGGACAUACUCAACUCACACCUGCUAGCCGUUGCGGUGCCCAUAUUUGUUGCUGGAAUAAUCAAAUAUGGCGAGAGGACAUGGGCUCUACAGAGAGGGAGCCGAGAUAGCCUCGGAAGUCGCAAGGUGGAGGAAGAGGAAUCACAAGAUGAAAGUGUUGCUGGUGAUGUCGUGGCAGCUUAUGCUCUUAAAUCGGUACUUCAAGGCAGAGGGCUGCUUGCAGGACGGACAAUGUUCCAGCUGGGAGAUGGGGUCAAGGGGCAUCUGGUGGAUAAUUUUGCAGACAUGGGCCAAAGAGAAGGGAAGCUCAAGGUCGUAACGAUGGAGCUUCGUAUGAUUUAUGAUAUCCUGUACACAAAGGCUAUGGUGCUGCAAAGCUGGACGGGCCGGGUGCUCCGGUGCGGCGCCUUGAUCGCCAUGCUAGUCGCCUUUGUGCUCUUCUCGAUGAAUCAGGAACUACAAGGCCACAACAAAGCCAACGUUACCAUCACCUAUGCAUUGUUUGUCGGGAGUAUCUUCAUGGAAUUUUAUUCAGCCUCCAUGGUGAUAGUGUCGCCAUGGACAAGGGCAUGCUCGAAAGAGGGCAGCUUUCUCUGUUGGCUGGGCCGCGCUGCUUCCCGAAAAGGUUUGGCAUGUCCGUCCAUGGGGCAAUUUAACCUUACAGACUACUCCUUGUACGAGAAAUCUGUGCCAAGAUUUUCCAAGGUCAUCGCCGCAUUGGGUCUAGAGAAGCAAUGGAGAAACUUAUGGCACAUCAAGCACGUCGAAGACAAGGAGAUCAUGGAGUAUAUUGUGGGAUUUUUUGACGACACAGAUUCUGGGCAGAGAUACCAGCGCCUAGAGCUUGGCCGGAAAUUGAACUACUUGCUAAGUCUUCCCUUCGAGCAUGCCCUUUUUCGCCUGCAUAUAUUCACAGACAUGCACAUAAGCAGACACUUGCAGCUAGGAGGUGAUGCAAGUCAUUCGGCCCUGCUUGUGGCAGAGUGCAGAAAGAUAUCAGACUACCUCAUGUACCUUAUGGUGGUUCACCCUUCCAUGCUACCAGUCAGCACGGCUGCCCAAGACCUUGAACCCUGCUUCGCCGAAUGGAUCAGGCACAACCACAGUGACAACAUGACCAAGAGAGAGAUUCUGGAGGCAUAUGCAAAUCAAAGGCUCUACAAUGAGAGGUUCUCAUCAUGUCCCUUUGAAGAAUUUCCUUCCAUGCAUUCGUUGAGUGAGUUAAAGGAGGUAUUGGUGAGGGUGCUCAUAUACGCUGCUGGUAAGUGCCCCAUGGAACUACAUGCGCGCAAGCUCAGCGACGGAGUGGAGCCUCUCACCGUGGUUGCGUCAAUCAUGAUGCAUCACGGUCUAGGGGAUGUGGGAAGGGAGUUCAAGCUGUUGGCAUCUGAUGAUCCUCAUGUGCCCACACCAGGGUCGCUGGUGUCAGUGGAUCAGAGCAGCUGGAUCCGGCGGCCACAAGGGCCUCUCUACGCGUUUGAAUUCUACCAGCAUGCGUAUGAAUAUGAUCAUCAGACGUGGUCGCUUCUGCAGCCUUCGCAAGAAUACCCACGCUUAUUUGUUAGGGCUUGGGCACCGCGAGACAUGGUGUAUCAGUCAUGGAUGUCACGAUGGGAGGGAGGGCAAGCUGGGUGGUCAACAUCCGAGAGAGAACAAACUGAUUGGUCCUCAUCAGAUAUCCAGCAGCAUGUGGUCAACAUGAACGGACUCAACCUACCACUACCACUGCACACACAGCCUGGACAAUUUCCGUCGCUGCCGAAUGCCUCCCCUGAUACUGAUGUGGGAUCGGAGGUGUAUUGGUCGUCAUCGGAGACAUGGCAAGCUAAUCAGUCACCGGAGACGGAUAUGCACCGAAUUGAUAUACCAACUGACCCACAAAUCCAACAAAUUGCAUCGGGAACGAAUACCUCACCUGAAACUGAUUUGGCAUUGGAGGUGUAUCUGUCAUCACCAGAGAUUGAGCAAAUUUAUUCGUCAUCAGAGAUCCACCAACUUGACGUACCGAUGCCCCCACAGUCCCAACAAUUUGCAAUACAACAGAAUCUUGAAACUGUUGUGGCACCAGAAACAGAGCAAAAGCAAGUAGAUGGAGCACUGGAGAUUGAGCUUGCUGAUGUAGCGUCGGAGAUAGAGCAAGCUGGUGGGGUACUGGAGAUAGAGCAGAAGGACAAUGUGGGAAGUAGCACAAACUGAAGGUCGAUCUCGUGCCGUCUGUAGGAACAAAAUAUAUAUUUUGCAUUUCCACAAAAGAUAUCAGUAUUACUAUUACUUGGUUGUAAUGGUCCAAGAACUUGUGUAAGAUGUCGCUGUGUCAGCUCGAUCAGCUACCGUGGUUGUUCUUUUACUAGGACAUUUAUUUAUUUGUUCGCGUAUUUGCACUUUUUUUUCAUGCUUAGUCUGCCUGUACUCUAUGUAACCUAUAUAUACUUUUAUUCUAAAAAACCUAUAUGCUUCUAUAUGUUUCCUUUCA